AUGUCCUCAGGCGAAGACUACUCCGCACUUGUGGCGGAUGCCUCCGGCAUCUUGAUCGAAAACUACUGCACCUUAAGCACAAGCGUGUUGAUACUCUAUGAGCAUUUCGUUACACUGGGAGACGAGGUGCAGCUGUUCUGGAGUCAUAACUCCGCCAGCGCCGUGGUGCUGUUUUUGGCCAAUCGGUAUUUCGCUCUCGGUUAUUACACGUACCUCCUGGUCCUUGAGUUCUGUCCCCUCUCAAUAUACAAUGGUUCGGAAUUUGGAAAUCUGUCGCGCGCUCAGUCGAUCCUCGCGGUCGUACCCUACGUCAUACGGUCCACAUUUUCCGGUAUGCGAACAUUUGCGGUAUCACGAAGUAGACCCCUCGCAGCAGUGGUAUUCUCGCCUUCUAUGGCCCCUUUCUGCACCAAUAUUUACGACGUAACGGAGUUUUCACAUGUGCUCGUGUUCUCAAGAGCACCGGUAAUGGUCGCCGACCUCAUCGUCAUCGUGAUAACAUGGUACAAACUUGGAUCGUAUCACGAAACCUCGGUGAUCAGGAGAACCUCUUUCACGGAUGUCCUUUUACGAGAUGGAACCAUAUAUUUCGUCGUGCUGUUCGCCUUGAAUGCCGUCCAUCUAGCGCUUACCCUUCGCUCUAUCGGUACCUUCUCGGAAUCACCUAGCGUGAUCACGAGCUUCACAGACCCGCUCACAGCCGUCCUCGUUUCUCGAUUCAUGCUUCACAUUCGGUCUGUACAGCGCCAGGCCGCGGGAGUCGCCUCCGGCGACGACGACACGAUCAACCCCGUCCCCGACUCCGGCUCUUUCGGCGUCGACAUUGAUCGCCAGCUCGCCGCGCUCGAUCCCGAAAACGUGGAAGAGGCGGCGGCAUGA